UCUACCACUUUAUUCUCCUCAACGUUCCUGUCUUUAAUGAAGGGGAAGACGUCAUGCAGCUGGGGUUCUUGUCAAAAGCCAAAGGUUUGUGAGGGAAUGAAAGUGAUGUAGCUUCGUUUUUUAACAUCAAGCAGCUGGUGCUCCCAGUUCCAAGUGUUGUGGCUUGAUGAGGUCGGUGAACAGAUGACAUGAUGUCUAACAAUUCAACCAGCACACCCUGUGGAAAUGUCUCCUCAGGUGAACUUUUAACUUAUGGAGAUCAGACUCCGAGCGUCGUCUACAUCCUCAUUGGCGUCCUGUCUGUCACCGUGCUGGCCUUCAUCGUGCUGGGGACAGUGUGGCUCUCAAAGUAUCGCUCUUUGGUCCGAACCAUCCACGAGCUGCAAUCCAGCCGCUUUUUGGUCAAUAUUGCAACUCCGCAGCUUCCUGUCGCUGUGGCCCCGGCCCCAGUGCAAGUCCCAGUCCGGGCCCCGACCCCCACCCCGGCCCUGGUCCCAGUCCCAGUCCCGGUCCCAGUCCCGGCCUCACUGGAGGCAGCGCUGGACGAGGAGGAGAUCCCUGAACGCACCCUGUUACCACAGAGCAGCACAGCCAGGACCCCGUCCAGGCGGCUCUGGAGAAGCCUGCAGCAGGUUCCUCGCUUCUCCAAGUCAGACCUGAAUCUGCUGCAGCUGAUCAAAGCGGGAAAGGAGGGUGUCUUCUACCAGGCCAGGAUGACCCGAGGAACAUGCAAAGGCCACAGCCUGUUCACCUGCAAGAUCAGCAAGGAGGGUGUUCGUCCUAAGCACGUGGACAUGGAGGUUUCCAUCAUGAGGAAACUGAUGCACCACAAGAACAUCCUCCAGCUGCUGGACUGGAACACCUCCGUGGAGCCAUAUGUGCUGAUCAUGGAGUACGUGAGCUACGGCACCCUGAGGACUUUUCUGCAGAACAACCGCAGCCGGCUGAGCCCAGACCCCGAGCUGCAGAGCCUCCUCACCAUCGCCUCCUACCACAUCGCCCUGGCCAUGCAGUAUCUGCGCUCCAAGAUGAUCGUGCAUUGUGACUUGGCUCUGAGGAACAUCAUGGUCAGUAAAUUCCCCUGGGAGGUGAAAGUGGCCGAGUUUGGCUUGUCCAGAGACUUGAGCCGCAUGACCAGCCGCCGCAGCAGCCGCUGGAGAAACCCCCAGAGGCGUGUCCCCUUGCGCUGGUAUCCCCCCGAAUACUUCAAAAACAACUAUUACAGCUUCAAGGGAGAUGUGUGGGCGUUUGGCAUCUUGCUGUGGGAGAUGCAGACAUUUGGCACCUUACCAUACCCAAACCUGGAGACAUCAGAGUCAGUGGUGUACCACAUCUGUGUCGGGCACAAAAACCCUAACCCUGACGGCUGCAGGCCAGAGAUACUUCAUAUCAUGCGGGACUGCUGGCAGGAGCCACACACUCUGAGACCCUCGUUCACAGACAUCGUCCAAAGCCUGGAGAAUAUCAUGGAGGAUGAUGCAGAUUAUGUGAAUGUUGAAAACCCAGAGCAUGAUGAAAGCUGACACACAACACCAUGGAAACGCCUGAAGUCACCCAACAUCAUGCAAAUGAUGUUGGGUGACACACAACUCUAAAUAAGUAAUUUCAAGGGAUGGUUAAAACAAGUUUUGCACAUUUCAAGGCAACAGCCUGAACCUAUUACGUGCUAAAGUGAAAAAAACACCUUCAAACAGAGUCCCCACAGAUGACUCAGAUGACCUCGAACGAUUUAAGACAUAAUUUCUGUACAUAAAAAUGUCUCAGAAUAAGACAGUCAACAUACAAGUUUGAAAAGUGACACAGCAACAUUUUCUAACGCUGGUCAUACGGGAGACUGACUGUCAAUGAUGCCAGCGGUCCACAAUUAUACUCACAUGGUACAUCUUCUAAAAAG